AUGCGCGUCAUAGGGGCCGUGCUGGCUUCAGCAGCAUAUGCAGGUGUGUGUGAGGAGCUGUACAUCCCCAUGGAUACAGUGACAGUGCCUGGGAUGGGUUUUGUGUGCAAAGUUCGAGAGUGUGAAACAGUGGAGUAUGGCCCAGACGGGAAGCCAAAUUGUGUGCCGUGCAAUCAGGAGCCAGCCACAGCAACAGGUCCGCUACCGGGGAGUGAGUUUUGUCCUACCGAAAUCGGUAAGUGCGAGGCAGGGAAGUGUGUGCCUCGUGACGAGUCGACCUACUAUGAAGAUAACUUUGGCAAGAAGUGGGAGGGAUUGUCGACGUUUCAUGCUGUGACCGUUACUCACUACGGAGGUUCGGUGGCCUCGGGAGGGUAUGAGGGUGCCUUUGAUGUGGACGCGAUUGAAAAGUGUAUGCUCAAGUUGGGCAUCGACGGAAUCGCGGCCGUACCGCCACAGAUGUAUGGGUCAGAUGCAUUUUAUGGACAGGCCUCCUUCAAGCGCAAUAAUCUAUGCUACAAGUUGGUCGGUGCAGAUGGGCUGUCGCGUGUGGUCGCCGUGUUCGACCGCUGCGGUGGUUACGUACAAUGCAAGGGUGGUUCAAAUACUAUUGAGGACGUACGCGAGUCGCCUACGAUUCAGUUCCCUGCCAUCGACGUGGCGCCGGGAGCCACAGCCUGGGCGGACGCGAACCAGUGUGUGAGCAACCCGGGUUCGACGAUUCUGAGCGGCUUGGGACAACGUUGUUGGUACUACACCGACGCGUCAUGGCCGGAGAUUGUACCCAAAGCUUGUUGCGAGGGCACCUGCGGCCAGCUCGACGGCGGGAAGUACGGACAGGUGGAUUGGUGCGGGAGUAGUUCCCACCCGCACUUUGAUUUAUCGUCUACCGUUAUGGAUAUGCUAUGCGACGGUGGUAACGGUGGUGGUAUAUCAGUAGGCAGUUGCCAGCUGAAAUGGGUGGAACCGAUCAAGUGUCCGGUCUGGCCAAAGCCAGGUGUGUGUUGUGAACAAAGUCAGACCUGCAGUCUCGACUCCUGCACACCAAAGUCGGGCAGUUGCGGCAAUUCCGAGAGCGAAUGUGCAACCUGCGGUGGCAAAUGGUGUCCAGGCGACAGCUGGUAUGACAUCUGCGCCGCAGACCCCACUGAUAUACCCGAUCCCUACCCCGACUGGACCCCGAACCCCCCUGAUCCCCCCACGCCCUCAGGGAACCGUGUGCCUUCGCCUCCACCACCCGACGAUGCCGAUACACCAACACACUGGCCAGGUACCAGCGGCAAGGGCGACACGACCAGCACUGGUACCUCUGGUACCUCUGGUACCUCUGGGACCUCUGGUACCUCUGGUACCUCUGGGACCACGGCAGAGGGAGAGAAGAAAGUGCCUGCGGGAGCCAUUGCCGGGGCGGCGGCUGGCGUCGUCGCGGCGUUGGUAGCGGCCGGUUUUGCGGCAAGACAGCUCCGAAGUCAACCGCAACUGGACGCGGACUUUGAACAGGGGGAUGAUCUCGGGGAAGUGCAGGAGGAAACCAGAGAGGGCAUGGCGGAACAAGGCUCCGAAGAUUUUGCCUAA